UACCGCUGUUGAUAAUCAAACUCUUGUCUCUAGGGAAACAUUAGAUCUAAUGCCAAGUGCUUGAUAUGGAUUUUGUCACAUGGACGGAUUCUUGGUCUUUAUCCGGACAAUUCCAACAGGCCUCGUGUGUGGCAGGAAGUGAAAUACUGCAAUGACGCGCAUUGUACAUUUCAUUACACUUUCACCUGAAAACGAGACUAGGUCUUGAAACAGCGGUCUACCUAAACUGGCGUGUUAUUCAAACAGGACCUAUAUUCAACAAUGGAACGGACUACUUUCAUCGGCCUAUCUGUAGUGAUGGUGUUGGUCGUACUCCCUCAUGGCUACCAAGCUAUUGACGCCAUCGAAUGCCCGGUGAAAAUUGGUCUCCUCUAUCAAGCUGAGGAGUAUUCCUGGAUACGCAACCUCCGCUCAACUGCACCCGUGUUUUUCCUAGAAGAAAUUGGGAACUUCUGUACUGGCACUUUUCCUGAAGACGUCAUUGAUAUCAAGAUACCAAACAGAUCAUCAGACGCUCUUUUUAUGUCUUCAGUUGUCGAAAAAUUGAUCUCAAGACACAUUCUUAUUGGACCAUUUUACCCCGACAUCGCAGCAUUUUCGGUCAAAAACAAGAUCGUGUAUUUUCUCACGAGAAUUCUCGAUAUCGCUUAUGCCUUUGACAAAGACAUUGCUUAUGCCAAUAACGAAUGGAAGACAUUUAAUGAUUACGUGAUAGAAAUGUGGCCUUCUCAAAGUACUGUGAUUGAUGGAGUGGCUGGUUAUAUGGUGUUCUAUGGUAUCAAAAAGGUAGCUGUGUUAAUGAUGGAUGCCAAGAAAAAUACUAUAGACAUCGCUCAGGCGCUGUAUCAGAAGCUGGUCACCAAGUCUCUUGAGGUGGAGGUCUACCAACAUCCCGGAUCAGAAUCAGACGCCCUGAAUAAAGAACUACUUCACAAACGGAUUAAAACUGUGGUGCUCAUCUCAGAGGAAUUCUCAACAAAUAUGACAUCCAGUUUACUAAAAAUUAAGAAACUCUUCUUUGAUCCUAAAUUGAAGCCGAACCUUGAUCGUGACGGAUACGAAUUCAUGAUAUACGAAAUGGUUUUACAAUCCAAAAUGAAGGCCCCAUUCGCAAGUGUUGGAAAUGUCGGCGCCAAGUUGAUUUCCAUUUAUAGCUUCAAAUCAUAUGAUGAACCUCAGGGAAUUGAUGCGACGGCAUUCGCGGACAUAAGGGAGCUGCUCAAAGAACUGUUCGCAAGAUUUGGUGCUCUGCCAAAGGUUCUUCAGACAAGUGACAUGUUUGCAUCGAACAGGAAAAAUAUUUCAAAUCUACGUUCCCGUAUAUGUAUAAACGGUGGCCCAGGAUAUGGACACCAUGGAGAGCGGUUGGGGUGCUUCAUCGCGUUUGAGGCCUGGUCACUGGGCCGUCCCGUAAAUUAUAGAGGUGCUUGGAUUGAUGGUAUAUUUCACAACAGUCUCGUCAGCAUGCCACCGCUUCCAUAUAUCGUGCAUGCUAUUGUGUCGAAGCCGUUCUUCACUUUAAAACAAGGAGCCGAUGGCGUUUUUACCAAGAACAAAAGAUAUGAGGGUAUUGCCGUUGAUAUCAUGAACGUGGUGGUCCGAUCCGUGAGGCGAAUGGAGGGCUUCGAAGACUUCAAGAUUAAGUACGUUGUGAGGGAAGACGGGCUGUACGGCAGCCAAGACGCGAAUGGUUCGUGGAGCGGUCUCUUUGGUCAACUUGACGCAGACACGGCAGGCAAUGGUUGGAGAGAACCAAAGACGCUGAUGGCCGUUGGAAGUAUCCUAAAAACAAGCGACAGGCUCAAAUCAUUCACCUUCCUCCCCGGAGUGAUCAUGACGCCCUUGUCAUUUGUGAUAGGACGGCAUGGCGAGGGUCAGCUAGUGGGCUUUCAGUUUCUGAUGCCGUACGACACCGAAGUCUGGGUUGGUGUUGUGGUGGCAGUCGUUCUGGCCGCUGGGUUCGUUUACGGUCUUGAUAGAUGGAAUCUAAUGGUGAAUGACCUGGAACCAUCCGCGCGGUACAACCUAAACGAGAGCCUCUGGUAUUCCUACCAAACGAUCACCCAAGUUGGUGGCGAAAUCGUCUGCUCGAUCCUCCCCAUGAGACUCUUCUCCGUCUUUUAUUGGUUCUUCUCUCUGGUGGUCAUCGCCUGCUACACCAGUAACUUGGCGAACUUCUUGACCGAGCCAGCCUUCGACCGUAGUGGUUUGUCCUUCGCAGACUUGGCGCAGGAAAGUGAUAUAAAAAUCGGGUUUUUGGCUGACACUGCGGCUUGGAAGUUCUUUAGGGACAUGGCGGAGGCAGAAAAAGAGCGGAAAUUCAGCAGGGCUGUAGUUUUUCGGAACAUGACCGAAGCCAUCGAGAGGGUGAGGACUGAGAACAUUGCUUUAAUUGAGGAGAGAAUUGGACUGCUGAUGGAAGCAGUGACUGACCCCAGUUGUGAUCUGGCCGUCUCCGAUGCGGUCAUCGGAUCUUUCGAUGUGUCCUUUCCGCUGUCAAAGACAAUGGCACGAAGCAUCGAUGACAAUGAUGUAAGACUGAGAGAGGAAAUAGUGAAUACUAUCCUUGAUUUGCGACACUCAGGGAAACUUCAUGAGAUUACCAAAAGAUGGUUGAAGGAUGACAACUGCGUCCUAGACAUCGAGACCUUGAACCGCCGUAUGCAGUUUGGUAUCUGGAACUUCAUGGGCCUCUUCGCCAUCACGGGUGGCGCCACUGUUCUAGCCUUCGUGGUGCUGAUGGCGAAGGUGUUGUACAAUGCGCCCGGGCGGACCAAGAAACAAGACAGAGGACAAGAGAUUGAGGAAACCAAAGAGGUUGUCUCAGGAUGUGCAGAGGUUUAUUCUGUUCUGAGCACUAGACUGUGACCUCGGAU